AUUCAGUUGCAAUUUAGUCGCUGAUAGUCCCGUAUUCCCAUUUCAUUUCCAAUCGAGCCAAAAUGCAAAAGCAACUACCAAUGUUUCGAGUGCUGCUGUGCCAGCUUCUGGUGCUGCUGGUGCUGCUGUUACCGGCGCCCGGGGCUGCUGUCCAGUUCACAUUACCCGAUGUACUGGACUCUGUGGGCAGUGUUGGUCGCGGCAUUGUCAAUUCCAAUGUGCUGCCCACCCCACAGGGUUUAUUGGAUGGUAGCAAGCAGUUGAUUGCGGGCUACCCCUUCGAGUUUGUGUCCACUUCGAUCAAUUCUUUAUGCUCCACAGCGUUGUCCUCUCAAACCAUCAAGUCGAAGGUGACGCCGAACAUAGAAGAGAUGAACUUUCAGCUGAGGACAGCCUGCAAUAAAUACAACUAUCCACUGCUGAAGGCCGAUGGAAUGUGGCGCAGUCCCGAGUUCGAUGCUAAGAAGAAGGUCGUCAUUAUGGCGACUGGCUGGACAACAACCAUUAAUGAUACCGACGCCAUCGAUCUGAUAUCCCAAGCCUACAACUGUCGCGGCGAUGUGAACUUUGUGGCAGUGGAUGCGGCCAGCUUUGUGGAUACUCUUUACACUUGGUCCGCUUUCAACACCGAGGAAAUAGGCCAGAGCAUUGCGAAGGGUCUGGUUCGGUUGCUGGAAAUAGUGCCGGUGGAAAAUAUACAUCUGAUUGGGCACAGUCUGGGGGCGCAUAUUGUGGGUGCUGCGGGCAGACACCUCCAGCUGUUGACGAACAAAACUCUCCCACGCAUCACCGGCCUGGACCCCGCAAAGCCCUGCUUCAACGAGGGUGAGGUGCUGUCGGGUCUGCUGCGCGGCGAUGCCAAAUUCAUCGACGUCAUACACAGUAAUCCGGGAGUUCUAGGCAAGCGGGAUCCCCUCGGCGAUGUCGACUUCUAUCCUAGUGGACUCAGCCCCCUACCCACCGGCUGCCUUUCGGUAACCUGUGCCCAUGCCAGGGCCUGGCGCUACUAUGCCGAGACCAUAUUUCCAGGAAACGAACGCAACUUUCUGGGCAAGCGCUGCAGUUCGCUAACAAGUCUGCGAGAGAAUCGCUGCCCGGGAAUUGCACAGCCUAUGGGCUAUGCUGUGCCGCACGACUUGCGGGGCAACUAUUUUCUGGAGGUGAACGCCAAGGAGCCUUUUGGCUUACAAGGCUCAACCACACGUGCCGCCCGGCACGCCGAUUGCGGUGUAUGCCCGAAAAAAUAAUAGUUAUGUGUUUACCUUCGAAGACUCGAAUAUUAUAUAUUUUAUAUAAGAAAUUUGUGACUAUCUUAAGUUGAAGAAAAUACAGAUCAGCCCACAUUGUGUGUUUUGGUGAUUCGUA